GGGAUGAGAGCAGAGUGGGUGAGGGUGCUGCCGGUGAGGGGGUGGGGCCGGUUGUUGGGGAAGAAAGUGCGGGCUUGGCACAAGGAGCUGAGGAGAAUGUGACUCAAGAUCCGGAUGUUGUGGGACCACCAACAUUAGAAGAUGUGCCGCCGGCUGCCGACGAACCGCUCCCCCCGGAAGAGCUCCUGUUCCGAGCGACGGGUCUGCGCUCACGCCUGGACGAAUGGCAUCGGAAACGGUAUAUGGGCGGGCACCGCGAUCGACGCACGGCGGUGGAGUACUUUCAUGCGGAGACGCAGACGCCUACCGCGCAGGAAAUCAAACAGAGUCUGGCGCCGUUGAGGUUCUCACGAGAGACGCAAACAAAAGACCUGAAGAACCGUAAGGUGCAGUCCACCCGCGAGUCCGGUACUCAAAUGACCAAGCGCGGCGUCUACGUCACCACCGCCACAGACACUAUCCUGCACCCGGGCCGGUACACAACCUCGGAAGCGCACGAGCACUUCAUCCACACCAACAUCGUCCGCAUCCAAUGCUGGGUGCGGCGACUCAACGCCAUUCGCCGGGUCCGGCAUCUGCGUAGAGAGCGGGACGACCGAACGCGCGCGUUGCUGGAGAAGGAGGCGAGACGGCGUGAUUUGGCUGAGAAGAAGCGGAGGAAAGAGUUGGAGAGUCGGGUGCAUCCGCGGACGGGGAAGGAUUUCGAUGUGUUGUAUUCGGGGUUGGAGACAUGGAGACAACAAGAGACCUCCAAAAUCAACGCGGCGAACUACUCAGAGCCCGCGCGACUCGCGGCGCUGGCGGACUUGCUUGACCAAGAAGCCGCGCUGAUUCAGAAGAUCGAUCGGUUACAGAUCGCUGCUAGUGAAGAGAACAAAGAGCGGAGGAUUGUGCGGUUACUGGAUUGCAUGUCAUCCCCGAAAAAAUGGACGGUCAAGAAGCUCGGUCCAGUAGCCGUCGACACGCCCAGCACAAUCCGAGCCCGGGAGCUCAAGGACCUGUACCAUGCACUCAAUGUUCCGUUGAUCUCUGUGGAUGAGCGGCUUCAGAUCUUGCUGCAUGUCAAGUACACGGUUAAGGAAUUCGACUGCAACCUCACGCGUGAGAUAGUUGAGUUGAUUGAUCGCGAAGGGGAUUUAGUAAGUCGAGGACGGCAUGCGAAGAGUAUGGAAGGCUUGCGAAAACGCAUCAGCAACCUGUUCUUGCAGUUUAUUCAAACGCCCGAGUUCAAUCCGGAGGCUAUUUCUUAUCAAAAGUUCCCCGAUGCGGGCCAGUCCUGGAAACGCGAUCAAGCAGUCUACUACUGCCGCAGCUGCACCCGCUACCUCCCCUCAACCGAGUUUUAUCUCUCCACGACGCUCACGCACCUCGGCAAAUGCAAAGGCUGCACAGCAGACGAAAACCUCGCCACAACACGCAAAGACGAUUCAGUGUACUCCGACCUGCUCAAGCUCAUCCGGCUGCAGGAGUUUCAGAAGCGGGCAAAGACGGGUGUUCCGCUGGACGCGCACUACAACGCCUUGUCGCUGCUGCAGGAGAGCGACACGCGGUUCCUGGUGGAGAAGAUUUGGAACCGGCAGAGCGCAGUGAGUGGAAGCCGCCAGUUGGAGUCGCUGGUGCUGACAAGAUGGGAUCCGAGGGUGGAGUUGUCGCCGUGGAACUGCAUUUUGUUGACGAAGGCGGAGGCGGCGACGCAUGACCGGGCGGCCGCGCCCAGCGAGCAGUAUUCGGAGGAGUUUGUGAGGAAGGUGGUGCAGAAGCAUUAUGCGGCGAGAAAGCAUUUUGCCCAGCUUCCUGCCAUGGAGAGGUAUCUGCAGAGACAUUAUGCGGAAAGUGUCGUCCCCGGCGACGGGUUUAGCCAACGCAUCAAUGAGCCGUCGCUGGGUAUUGAGGGCACCGAGAUCCAAGUUGGAGGAUGAUUCCAUUGAUCCCAUAAUGGGCGCCGUGUUUUCCUUUAUGUAUUAUAUACCAUUUUGCGUAAGUUUCUUCGAGCUUCUGGGUGCAAACGCUCGCGACGACCACUUUCCUGUCAAUGUAUU